ACCAUUAACUAUCAAAAAUUCGAAAAGUGGUUUGAUUGGUCGGAAGUAAUUUAUUGUAAAAGAAAAAAACUAUUAGAUAAUAUUGUAUUAAAUAUUUUUAGUGUUUUACAUUAAAGUUUUUCUAUGAAAUACCAAUUGGAAUUGAGUAUGAAUAUAAGAUUGUGUUGGUUCGAGACUCGCAGUUCUAUACUUAUCUUAAUUAAAAAAGUGUAAUGAUCGUGUUUGCUAAUUUUAUUGUUACAUUGCAUUAAACUGAUAUGUGAUAAUUAUUGACUUGUGUUGCUGUCAUAAAUUCUGUUUUCAAACAUUUGUUUAUACUAUCGUUGACGGAUCACAAAACCAAUAUUGUCGAUCAAUAAAAGUAAUAUAACAUCAACAUAUCUAUUAACUUCGGAUACUACUACAUAGAGCGUCAGAAAUUUGCUUUUAUGUAAACGAAGAAACGGUAGUCCGUUUAAAAUUUCACAUAGGAUUAUCGUGAUUUUGGAGAUAUGUCUGUCAAGUAUGUAUUGGUGUCUGACGAAGAAUAUGGUGAAGCGGUUGAACUUCCACUUGAAGACAAUGGUACGUUAUUGUUGUCCACUUUAACUGCCCAGUUUCCGGGGGCAAGUGGACUAAAGUUUCGCACUGAAAAUAAUGUUGUCAGAGGUGUUCGUUUAGCUGAUGGCCGAUUUCAUGUGCCUGACAAUGAAUGGGGAAAGACACCUUACUACUGUGUUUUUCCUAAAGUGGAAAAUAAAAGAAAGAUUGAUGAUAGUGUAGAAAAUCCAACAGCUAAAACUAAGAGAUUAGAGACAAAACUGAAAUGUUCAGAUUUAGUUGUCUUAAAUAUACCAUACACUUAUGAUGAACAAAAGUUGAAAGAAUACUUUGGUCAAUUUGGAGAACUUCUUAUGUUACAGAUAAAGAGAGAUAAAAAUGGGCAAUCUCGAGGAUAUGGAUUUUUAAGGUAUACAAAUUUAGAAUCACAAGUAAGAGUUCUUUCUCAGCGUCAUAAGAUUGAUGGUCGUAAUUGUGAAGUUAAGGUUCCAAAGUCUAAGGAAGGUAAUGGUUCAGAGCUUUCCGGAAAAGUUUUUGUGGGUCGUGUGACAGAAGAUUUAACAGCUGACGAUAUUCGUGAGUAUUUCAGCAAAUUUGGAGAAGUCAUCAAUGUUUUUGUGCCCAAAAAUCCAUUCCGCGGAUUUGCAUUUGUAACUUUCCUCGAUCCUGAAGUAGCUGCUAGUUUAUGCGGUGAAGAUCAUAUUGUUAAAGACGUUUCAGUGCGCGUAUCUGAAGCUGCCCCAAAACCACAAGUUCCCAAAAAUCGUCAUCAAACUCCCCCACCUAGUGAACCCUGGGAGCGUUCUAAUAAUCGCCAUAAUGACAAUUAUCGAAAUUGGUAUCACUCACAACAUGAUAAUAGGGGGAGUGUAGAUAUGCCUAAUCUACAGUCAUUGGGAAUUAAUGGUCAAGACAGCUAUAACCCAAUGUUGCCCCUGAGCCCGGCUAUUGUUGCUGCUGCAUUAACACAAGCUGCUGGAUGGAGUCUGGCUAAUGGUCGUAUGAUGCCACCACCACCACCUCCUAAUGGAAACAAUCAAUGGUCUCAACACGGUCUCAACUCUCAACGAAAUAACUAUAAUAACAGGAAACGUUCUAAUAAUGAUUACAAUUCAUCAGGCAAUCGCUAAAAAAAUAUAAUGGUAAUAUUAUAAAUAAAAAUCAAUAACAAUUUACUGUCCUAAAACUUUACCAGUUCUUCUAACUUUUUGGAUAUGUACAUAGUACAUACAUGAUUACAAGUAUAAAAAAUAAACUGGCUAAUAUUCUGUAGUUAAAAUGUUUAUUCUGGUUAUUCCACAUUAUUGUUGGAAUAAUGAUUAUUUUUAUUUAAAUACAACUUGUUUUGAUGCUGAAUGUGGCAAACAAAUAAAAAACCUUAUUUACUGAACAAAUUAAUUUGUUAAUUAAAAUUUAAAAAGUAGUAAUACAUGUUAAUAAACUGUUUGUAUACAUAUUAGUAUAUUCUUUAUAAUAUAUACAUUUAGUUAUUGUUACUGCUAUACAAUUGUGCAUUUAAGGGUUAUCUUAAUAUUAAUAGAAUACAUAUUUAAAUUAUUAUGCUUUGGUGGAACGAAUGAAUUUACAAAUGGUAUGAAUGUAAUUUGUAUGACAUUAUUUGAUUGGAAAUUAUACUAUCUCAUUAAAAACAUGUAAAAAUUGUGUUUUACUUUGUGGCUUGAACAUAUGCUAAUACAAUAUUAUGUAUUGAAAAAAAUUGGUUAUACUUUCAAAAUUAGUUUUAUUAUGUGUGUAUGUCUACUGUAUAUACUUAAGACUGGAUUUUUUUUGUUACGUAAUGAAGUUAUGGAUGGUAUUAUGGCUUUCAAUAUCCACAAUACAGAUAAUUUUUUCUACCUUGUAUAAUUAUUAAUUGUACUAUCAGCUAGUUUUUUUUUUUUUUUAAAUAGUAAACGUAUUAUGUACUUCUACGUUUUCUAAUAGUUAAAAAAUAUUUAUUAUUUUCUUAUAUCUAAAUUUGCUUCUAGUUUUUCAAUAAAAUUAUGAUAUAUUGUAUUUUAUUAUACAGUCGUAAAAAUAUUUUAACUUGACCUAUUUGAAAAUUAAAUCGAGUUUAAAAUAUAAUUGUCAUAUUUAUAUAUUUAUUUGUCUUUCUCAAUAGUUGACUUAAUCAAUAUUUUCUAUAAUAACAUGUAUGCAUAAAAUAUAAUCAACCUUCUAAAUAUUAAUUUUGGUUGUUUAUUUGGUCAAUUAGUUAUAUUUCUUGUUUAACUUAUAUUUGAUUAAAACUUAAACAAAUUAAUAAAUAUUAAGGUUUUAUCUUUGAAUGAUACUACAUUAUAACAUUUAUUCUAAUAAAAUUCAAUACGCAAAUGAAAAUCAAUAAUAUGAGUUUUAAAUCUAAGUAUUGUAUUUCAUUAUGUUUUUAAUAUACCUUAAUUAUAGUAAUUAUUGUUAAUUAAUUUUGCUAAAUAAUAUUAAUAAUUAUUAAUUUAAAAAAAAAAGACGUUUAUUGAAUAUGAAUAUAUUAUAAAAAGCAUGAUUGCCAUAAUCCUCCUUGUAUUUAAUUAUUUUUAGUCUGACUGAAUGAACGAUGAUUUAAUUGUAUUUGUUAUCAUCUUUGACUUGUAAAGACUAUUUUGUCUGCUGUCAAUGAAUAAGUUGUUUCAUUUUAAUCUUUAUUAAAUGUAUGCAAAAUCAUCUGGUUGUAUGGAGUGCUCGGUUUAAACUUUAAACAUCGAGUUAAAUAUGUCUUUUACAAUGUCAAAAUGGAGUAUUGUGAUAUUUGUUGCUGAAAAUAUAAAAUUGAAAAAAAUUCGGUCUUUAAUAUUGUCGAAUAGCUGUCAAUCUGUGUUGAUGAAUGUCUUCAACAAACGGAACAUCUUCAAUGUUUUAUUCAUGUGAAAAAUUAACUAAUUUUAUCUGACAACCAAGUCUUAUUGAUCAAAUUCAGGUUCAAUCAGAACUUGAAUCUUGAAGAAUCCAGCAAGAACUACCUUCCCUUGAAUUGAAAGAAUGGUUACUGUUACUACAAAUCUAUGUUAUUAACAUUUUCUGAAAGGUAUUUAUUUUUCAUAGAGUAAUAACAAUACAUUGUCCUUUGUGAUGGACAAAUUCAAGGUACUAGCAAGUUGGUAUAUUUAUAUGGAUUAUCGACAAAAGCGACUGGAUGAUAUAGAAACAAUGCAUACCUAAAAUUAAAAAUUAAAUGUUUAAAAAGAAAUUGAACUGUAUAUUAAUUUUUUUUUCAAUAUUGUUAGUGACUGAGAGAUUACAAGUAUAUAAUAUCGAAUAUUUUUUUGACUGGUUUAUAAUUUGAAUUUUUUUCUCUAUUAUUUUAUCUAGAAGAUUCUAUUGUGAAACUAAAUAUUACUGUACGUUAAGGUAUUUCAUAAAUAGAUAUUUUAUAAUAUAAUAUAUUUCUAUCA